UUCAGCCUCCGCGCUAACUCCCGCACUCCAAGUAUGCAGGGACAGUUGUGUGUGUGGCCCCCGCACCUUUCCCCACUGCUGGGGCAUGGCAGGAGGCAGCUCCUGCUGGCCCCCGAGCACACCAAACCUCUGCAGAUGACGGUGGCUUUGCCCAGAUCCCUCGUGACAUCUGCAGUGCUGCCUGCUACCUGUGCAGGAUGCUGCCUGCUGCGGGCAGGGUGGGCUUCUGCAAGGUCCUACCACCCAGGCUCUGUGAGAAAUGAGAUAACGGCAGAAGUCAAGCCAGCAGAGAUGACCAUCUCUACAGACUCCCACGGCUCUGAGCACGACCUAUUAAAAAUCAGCUCCAGACCAGGAGGAGGAAAAAAAAAACCUACAGCUGAAAAGAAGCAAAACAUCUCCCCACCCCAGCUUGGAUGUGAAAUGCUUCUGUUGGGGGGAAAAAACUCCUCCUUCCACAGAGAAGGGUGCAGAGCCUGCUUGCUCAGGGCCAUUCUCCUCUUCUGAACAACAGGCAAGAGGACAGGGAGGGAAUGUUGGAGGAGAAGAGCUGGAAAGGCGUGGGCGAAGCAGCUUUUGACAGGGGGUGCGUGGCUCCCCCCAGGACCGGCGACGGGGAGAGAUGCUGCCGCCUCCCUCUCCUGCUGGGCUCGGGGCUGCCCGGCGUCUCCCUGCUCUCUCUGGUGCUCAGCCUCCUGCUUUACUUUCGGACCUCUGAUCUGCAGUCCCGGGUGUCCCACUUGGAAGCGGACAGACCCACGCAGCUCCCUGCCUGGCUCUCAGCAGACCAAAUGGAGACGGCUAUUUUGGGAAGAGUUGACCAACUGCUUGAUGAGAAAUUAAAGUUUCACUUGCCAAGACAUCGAGAAGUUCGAGACACACACCAGCGAUGCAACUGCCCGGCAGGUCCGCCUGGUCCUACAGGAAGACCAGGGCUUCCGGGAGACAAAGGCGCCAUGGGGAUUCCUGGACGGCCGGGACUAAAAGGGCAACCCGGAGAGAAGGGUGCUCCAGGAGAAGCAGGCAUGUCCAUCAUUGGGCCCCGCGGUCCACCCGGACAGCCUGGAACUAGAGGUUUUCCUGGAUUCCCGGGCCCUAUUGGCUUGGACGGCAAACCGGGCCAUCCUGGACAGAAAGGGGAAAUGGGUGCUGCAGGUCCCAGGGGACAACCAGGACCCCCGGGACAAAAAGGAGAAAAGGGUCAGUGUGCGGAGUACCCCCACAGGCUGUUGCCUCUCCUCAAUUCAGUGCGGCUGGCUCCACCUCCGGUCAUAAAGAGACGCACUUUCCAGGGCGAACAAGGACAAGCAGGAAUCCAAGGUCCCCCGGGGCCCCCUGGCCCGCCAGGGCCCUCUGGACCGGCUGGACCCGAGGGAACCCCAGGACAGCCCGGGCCAAUUGGGCCGCCCGGCCGAGUGGGAGAACCGGGGAAGCCUGGCAGAGAUGGAAAGGGCUUACCUGGGCCUCCUGGACCAAAGGGAGACCCUGGGAUUCAGGGAUACCCCGGCAGAAAGGGGGAGGCGGGCAUGGCAGGCCUGCCUGGUGCGCACGGCCUCCCUGGAGCGUCGGGCCCCAAGGGUGAAAAAGGGGACGCCGGCAUAAAGGGGGAGAGAGGCAUGCCAGGGCUGCCGGGAAGACACGGCAUGAAGGGAGCCCCUGGGUUGGCCGCCGCCGGGAUGAAGGGUGAGCCUGGGACUCCAGGAGAAAAGGGACAGCCCGGAGUCCCAGGGAGGAUGGGCCCCCCAGGUUUGCCAGGGAAAAGGGGGCAGCGGGGGGAGAAGGGACGAGCUGGUGACCCUGGGCUUCCUGGACUCCCCGGCCUGAAGGGCGAGAAGGGGAAUAGCGAGAAUGCCCUGGCAGGAGGGAAAGGGGAACCUGGCCCCCCAGGUCUGCCUGGGCCCCCUGGACCAAAGGGAGAAGCUGGUGACGUUGGCGCUGCAGGACCGCAGGGGGAAAAGGGGGAGCCUGGCGCACCGGGAGAGCAGGGACCCAUGGGCCCACGGGGCCCCAAAGGAGAGCCCGGGAAGGAUGAAAUGAUGGACUACGAUGGCAACAUCAGUGAAGCUCUCCAGGAAAUACGAACUUUGGCCUUGAUGGGACCACCAGGACUUCCGGGUGUGGCUGGACCUCCAGGGCCACCAGGACAGAAGGGUGAAAUUGGCUUGCCGGGUCCUCCAGGCCAUGAUGGAGAAAAGGGACCACGAGGCAAGCCAGGAGAAAUGGGUCCCCCUGGCCCUCAUGGGCUGCCAGGAAAGGACGGACCUCCUGGGAUAAAGGGAGAGCCCGGCCAUGCUGGGGCUGCAGGGCAGAAGGGGGAUAAAGGAGAGCCAGGACAAGCCGGCUCACCGGGUCUUGAUGGCCCCACUGGAGAAAAAGGCGAACGAGGUGACCAAGGGAUGCCAGGACCAUCAGGACUGCCGGGUCCCAUUGGACUUCCAGGAUUGACAGGAGAGAAGGGCGAGCCUGGGGAGCGUGGAGACAAAGGAAACCCAGGAGAAUCGAUGUCUGGCCCCCCUGGACCUCAAGGACCACCAGGACCUCCGGGUGCUCAGGGCCUCCCGGGACCGAAGGGGGAAGCAGGGAUUGAUGGAAUGAAAGGAGAGAAGGGUGCCCAGGGUGAAAAAGGAGACAGAGGGCCACUGGGAUUACCCGGUGCUUCAGGUUUGGACGGCAGGCCUGGGCCACCGGGUACUCCAGGACCAAUGGGGGUUUCGGGACCAGCAGGACCAAAAGGAGAAAGGGGCAGUAAAGGAGAUCCUGGUGUUGUAGGACCAAUGGGACCAGCAGGACUUCCCGGUUUACAAGGUCUGCCUGGUGACAAAGGAAUCCGGGGGGAGAGGGGCAAGAAAGGCUCUAGAGGGUCUAAAGGGGAUAAGGGAGACCAAGGAGCGCCUGGAUUAGAUGCACCCUGUCCGUUGGGAGAAGACGGCCUCCCGGUUCAAGGCUGCUGGAACAAGGGUCAAACUCCUUGGCUGAUAGCUAAAAAGUGAGAGAAACGAGGGUGGAGAAGUUUGGGAAACGACAGCAAAACGAGAGGAGAAGAAGGACCUUCCUGAAGAUGUGCUGGAGAUGCUUUGCAAGUUCCCUCCCUGGAGCUUGGGAAGAGUUCUUCAACCGUGUCGGAGUCUGUGCCCAGAUAAGGCCUGCUGGGGCCGCGGGAGCUCAGCGUGCCGGCACUUCUUGCUUUGCUUUCGGCCUUCUCCCAGAGGCCAGUGGCAGAGUUUGGAAAUGACACCGUUUGUGUUCUCUUUCUUUGGUCAUUUUCACUUCAGUCUAUUAUUGUGGUCAGGCUCUUCAGAUGAAGAACUGGGCUCGUUUUCCAGCAGCUGCUGUAUAAAUGAGCGCAAGACAUAAACAAUUUCAGUGGGGGGAUCCUUUGAUCCAAGAAAGAAAUCCUUCUGGAAUGUUUUCUGUAGGAAAGCCAGUCAAGCUGCGCGUGCUCAGUUCAGAGUGCUGCUCCGAGGACACGAGAAAACCUUUUCCUACCCUAUCUGGUUCCCAGAUGACAAACUUCCACCUGUAUCUUUGAUGAUUCCAUCCUUAACCUUUUCAUCACAAACUUUUUAUCUCCUGGUAAAUUAGAAAGGAACAAAGCCUUUUGCUGCAAAGGGGAAAGGUACUGAAGGUGUGAAAUAUCUUGUCAGAGAAGGAAAAUGUGAAGGAUGGAUAAAACCUGGUUUCACUGGACAGUUCCUUUGCUUCCUGUGCUUCUGUUUGGUCUCCACCACACACACUGGAUGGUUUUUUUGUCUGGAGCCCUCCAGAAGUAGUAUUUUGCUGUCCUAUUAAGGCCCUUUUUGUGGGUACCUUUCAACAGAUGUACUUCCAGAUGGAAAAUAAGGACCACAAGGGUCAAAUCCCACUGUCACAUGUUCCAAUACAUUUACUGAAAGGAGAUAAAGAUUUGGCAAGGUGCUGAGGGGCGCAGAGGACGUUUCCCAGCUACCUGAAGGUCAGGACAUGCAACUGUGGGCACCUCAUACCAACUGCCACACAAACCUGCUGUCAGUUCCCACUGCUGAAGGUUAAAUCCCGUUCACACGAACGUUGUAGGGUCUUUCACCAGAGCUCUUCCGAUACACUAAAAAGGCUAAAAUGAAGACUAAGUGCAUAACUUUGUGAACAUGACUCAUAACACUUCUUUUUCGUUGAGUACAUUGGGAAUCCCAUUUGUCCAAGCACUAAAACACACAUUUGACUUCGAGUGUGUGAUUGCCAUUGGCCUAAAUGAUACUAUUUGCAUAUUUAAGUGCUCUGGUGAAUCGGGGCCAUUAUUACUAGAGUUGAUGAAUGGUAUCUAAAGCAUUAGGCAGAACUAAAUGACAAGCAAUUCAUGCUGCUUCAGAGAGAAGGAGCUGAUUUCAAGUUCAAAGUGAUGUUUAAUAGAUCUGAGCGAGCCCCAGAACGCAAUAACCUUGGCUCAGACAGCUUCGUCCACUCAGCUGGAAUAGUCCUGACCUUCUGAGAAGGACAUCUGCACCCCGCAGCCAGCCCUUUUCGUCCACUGCAUAAAAAGUACACUUCUAACGUAAUUCAAGGCUUAAAAGGAGCAGGGGAAAAGUUCUACUUUGAGUCUGAUCUAAAGAACACCCGUUGUGAUUUUUUUUUUCUGAACAAAUGCAUUCAGUAAGCACAGUAGUAGGGGAAUAAAUUGUUUCAGUUAGGAGCCUGGCUGGUGAAAGGGUUAAUCUGUUUUAUUUGUAGUUCUUAUUUUUUAUUUCUUUGGAGGGUGGGGGGAGAAGGGCAGAACCUGACCAGAACUGCAGGCGGUAGGUGUGUUUUUUUCUUCUUUUUUUAAUAAAAAAAAAAAACAAUUAUGUAUAUAGUUUGAUAAUGCUACUUCUACAUUUCUUUUUACUAAUGAUAUUUUGGGGGCAAUUUGUUUGCUCUUUUCUAGUGUUUCCUUUUAAAUAUAUUUUUGAUGAGCUGUUGGAAUAAGUCUGUAAAAGUUUCUGACUUGAGAUGUCCCAAGGACAUUCCUAGCGUGUUGUUUUUUCUCCCAAAGUCCAAGAAUAAGGAUGGUGCUCUCCAUAGGCAAACCAGUUUUCAGUGGGGACAGACUGCAUCCCCACAGGCUGUGCCUAGGGACCAGGUACCAGUGACCUCUCCCAGACAAAACGGUCUCUCCAAAACUCCACUUACAGAAUCCAAAAGGGCUGCGCGAAGGACCGGUUGAUUAAAGACGGUCUCUUUCGAUUUCAUAUGCUCUGUCAUUUGGAAGGGAGUCUGGCAAGGGUCGCUGUGCCCUCUUCAGGAGCAUUCUGCAGCCUGAAGAAGACUUCGCUAGGAGGUGGUUCUGAGCUAGCAGCUCAAAAGCUGCUUGCUUGAAAACAGCAAGCUCCUGGUUGUUACCUGCCACAGUAUCGUCAUCUCUCAUUAUUUUCCCUCCUCUAGCCCCAGCAGUGCACUUACACUCAGCUCAUCUUCGGCCUUUGCUCCACAUCGAACACGCCUGCAAAUGCUGGGCUGGGUGAGAGCCUCUGUUUCUUUUACACAUCUUUGUUUUUCCCUUGUUUUUGUCCCUAUUGUUUCCAGAUGUACCCGUUUGGUCAGGGACAAGGACUUUCUUUUCUGCAUUUUCAGAAAAUCCCUGUUGGUCACAGUUUGAUCAUUUUCCCACUCAUUUAUCUAUCCUUCCUGCACUGCUUCCUCCUUUCCUGUAGCCCUUCAUUGUCCAACACCUGGAUCCAAUGGAAAAAAAUCACAGCAAAACACAAAUUAAGACUGUAGAUAUCUAUGAAGUUUUUGGAGUUGACUGUAAAGCUUCUACUGUUUAAAAAGCUACGUGGCAAGACCAGUUUAGCUUCGUAGCUUUCUUAUGGUUAUUUGCUUGCUGAAGUUAUCAAAUAAAGAAGUGUUUUUUACAAACAGAAUUAGUACAAAUAUUAGAGGGGUUGUUUUGUUUAAGAAAAUCUUGCUAGACUUUUUUUUUGCUGCAAGACAUGGCUUUAACUGCUGUCACAUGCUGAGUGUAGUAGGCUAGACGUGGUGGUGGUAGGUGCAAGAGGGUCAGUUGUGAAACUGAUGGAAAGGAUCUGGUGUUCUUGCUUUCUCUUGCAGGCUGUUUGUCAAUCCAUUGUCCCUGGCGGGGAUUUGUGGGGCGUGUGAAAUUCCAUUUUGUGAUAAUUCCAUUGUUCUCUCCCAGUAAUGUUUCAAAACGUUGCUUCAGUAAAUCUUCCCCUCUGCUCUCCUGCAAGGGUUUGCUUUUACCCGGGUGUUGUGCUCGAGCUGCAGACCGAUCAGCCUCACCACCUUGGCAAGUUUUUGAGAUGACACGCUUCCUCAGAAGCAUUUCAUUGAGAGCUGGGGUAAAUCGGGGCAGAACGUAGCUGUUGCAUCCCCCCGCCCUGUUAAGGAGGCUUGAGCAUCCCUUUGAUGCUGGGGAAUGGCCUGGCUCCACGGAAUUCUCAGGCUUAACGAUGCAAAAUUGACUCCAGAUGCUCAGCAGCAGAGUGAUGGGAGGGGAGCUGCUGGUUUACAGGGAGAGCCUGCAGAUGCCACGGGCUCGACGGUUCUGUGCUGGGAGCCAAGGCAGAGUGUGAGAGCACAGGCAGGGGAUGUGCUUUAGAAGCACACCUUUGAUGGUGAUAUGUGCCAAAUGCAGCCAGCGCAGAGCAGUGCCGUGCAGAGGUGGUGCUCUCUGCUCCCCAGCUCGCUAUGUGUGGCCAAGGGCUUCCUCACUGGGUUUCUCCAUCCCUGUUUACGAGCUCUGCCAAGAAAGUUGUGUCAAGUGGAUCUCCCCUUGGUACUCAGAGCCCAGCAAAACACCUCCCUGGUGUCAUUUUCCCACACCUGGAGCAUUUGUGUCAUUGGCACUGUAUGUUUCUCAGCUUCCUCUAAUCUGGACACCAAAUUCUUUGAUGCUGGAGAUGCUUUCUGCCAAAGGUCUGCUUGUCGGCCAAUGUCAGGCAGGCGUUAAUUCACUAAUCCCUGCAGGAGAAGGAUUGCUGAAGCAAUUUGUAACCUAUCUGGUUUUCUUGAAUUUUACAAGAGAGACUCUAUUUUAUUUAUUUUUUUUUUGGUGGCAUAGAAUGUACAAUAUUUAACGUAGCUGUAGUAAAGUGCUGAGUUAUGGGUAAAUAUCAACAGGGCAUUGUUUCUGUGUGUCGCCUAUAAACACUGAUUGACGGAGGCAUUUAAGCCUGUAUACACUUUUUACAUUGGUUAUAUUGAACUCUGAUUGAUAUUAAAUAUCCAAUGUUGUUUGGCUUUCACGAAUGUAAGUGCUGUAAUGUUCUUUUGUAUUACCAGCAAUUGUUAUUGUCAAUGUGCUGAUUCUGAGACACUAUUUCAACUCCUUUUGACGUAGUUCAGCUACUCAAAAUUUCUUGGCCUGUAAGAAAAUUCCCCACUAAAUAAUUGCUGGAAUGAAGAGAACAAAGGGCUGUUCUUUCUCAUCUUUCCAGCCUCUGUAGGAGCUUCUUCAGCCAAAACAAGCAUUUGCUUUCUCUUUUCUACUUCUUCCUUGGUAAUAGGAGAACUUUGAUUUGUUUUGUCUUUUAAACCUGGAAAUUCUGAAUUCCAUGUUGAGCGUUUCUAACCUUAUUUUAGAAAAGCAGAGGUACUGUUUUGUAGGGUUACACUCUGAGCUAUGGCAUAAGGAGUUAACUGAUCAUAACGGAACUUAAAAUAAUUUAGUUUUUCUUUCUUUGUAUUUUUACACUAUUUUAUAAGCAAAAUAUUUGUGUGAUUUAGAACUUAAAAGAUAUUUAACAGAUGAAAUAUUUAACAUGAGAAAAGGGAUUCACUUAAACGACUUCCAUCAGUAUGAACGACAACUAGCCUAUGAUUUUUGUCAGAACCAGAACUGUGCCUCAGUUCCCCACUUCGCAUCCAUUAACUGAAUGGUUUCAGAGGAGCCAUGCCUGUCCUUAAGAGUAGGUGUGUGCUUAACUUGCUGACUGAUUGCUCAGCGAUAAAUGAGAUUCAGUUACAAAAAAGUAACCUACAGCUUAAUUAUAGUGCCUUUAUAGCAUUUCUACUUUCUUGCAAGUGAUGGAAAUUUUAUAUACUUAAUCACCGUGUACCAAGUUAUCAGAUAAAGAAAAUAAUACUUAUCUUAUUCUGAGGUGCUGUUUUAUAUUACGAGGAAAAUCGCUAUGUGAGAGCUGAGUGUUGGUGUUUUAAAUGCCUUAGCCUAUUCACCGCAUCAGGAUAAAGCUGGGGGAUUCCAGGAGGAAGUUAGUUUGGGGAACGGACUGCUGGAAAACCAGGCAGGAGGUAACAGAAAACGUCUUGGGCUGGAUGGUUGUUGUGGUGUUCAGCAGACCGCCCUGUUUGGUGUGUCGUCCCAUCAUUUUCCAAGAGGAGUCUGGUGAAUUCCCUGUGCCUUGCGUUGAAGCUUUACUCCGUGGUGUCAAUGUUUUAAUGAGGUUUCUAUUUUAAUGUGUGCCAUAAUAUUCCAGUGCGAUCUGCAUUUGUUACGUCUGAUGUACAUACUUUUCCAUUUUAUAAAAACUCCUGUUUACUUACACAAA